UCUUCCUCUGUCAGUUUAAUCAUAUCAUCUCAUGAUGAAGUACCAGAUGAAAAUCUUAUGCUCACACAUCAAGAUUCUGUGUCAAAAACCCAAUUGCAAAUAGAAACACAAAAAAGUUCUGAAGGGGAAAGACUCAGUAGCAAUGUGAUCAAGACCUUGAUGUAUGGGAUCUGGUUUGUGGGCUCGUCCCUGGUGCCCCAGAGAUCUAUUUCUGCUGUGGCAAGGAGGAGAAUGCUAGUCUCAAGUCACCCAUGGGGUGCCCAAGCUGGUUUGAUGUCCCCCUGCUGUGGGGUGUACCCCACACUGCUGGAGUCACCAGAUGAAAAUCUUAUGCUUGUGCAUCAAGUCUCAGUGUCAAAACUCCAAAUGCAAGAAAAGAAACAAAAAACUUCUGAACAGUUAAGGCGUAAUACUCAUUUUGUAGUACCAGAUGAAAAUCUUAUGUUUGUGCAUUAUGAUUCAACAUCAAAACUCCAAGUGAUAGAAGAGAAACAAAUAAUUUCUGGAGAAGGAAGGCGUAAUACAUUUCCUUUAGAAACACCCCAAAAGAAUGUAUCACUUCAACAUCUAUUACCUGAGGAGAAAGUUUUAUUAUCAAGAAGCCAAUCUCAGACUAACAAAAUUCGAGCUAUUAGAAAUGAGAGUGUCAAUAUUAAAAGAGAGGCAGCUUCAGAACUUCCAUAUACAACAGAAAACCUUCCAGAAGAUUUUCCCUCAAUUAAUGAUCUUAUAUUUCAAUUAGAUUUAAACAAAGUUGUUGAGACUGAUAUAGAACUCUUGAAAGAUGCUUCUGGAAGACAUUUAUUAAAGCCUGAAUUUAAGACACAAGUAAAGAAUCUCCUUGGGAUGAAUAUAGAACAAUUGACAGAUACAGUUGGAAGAAGUAUAAUAAAGGAUGAAUUCAAGAUACAAUCAAAGAAUCUCACUGAGACUGACAUAAAACACUUGAUAGAAGCUAAUGGAGAAAAUAUAAUGGGUUCAAUCAAGACACAAUUAAAGAGUCACACAGAGACUGAUAGAGAAGUCUUGUCAAAUGCUAUUGGAACAGGUAUAAUAAAGGGGCCAAUCAAGACACGAUUAAAGAGUCACCCAGAAACUGAUAAAGAAGUCUUGCCAAAUGUUAUUGGAACAGGUAUAAUAAAGGGGUCAAUCAAGACACAAUUAAAGAGUCACCCAGGACAUCCAAAAACUGUGACCUUAAAGCAAAAAGCUGCAGAAUUUACGAAUAUUCUGCCUGCUGUGACCAGAACAACUAAAAAAUUCACAUAUAAAGCAUCACAUACUACUUGAAAAUCUAUACCACAUCCAUUAUUUUGGGAAUGAAGAAAAUUCUGAACAAGAGAAACAAUAUGACAGAAUUCAGGACAAAAUAAUGAAGAUUGCAAGUAUGGAAGCCUUUUAAAAAUAACACUGACUUGUGUGGAUGGUGCUUGUUGAAAAGAGUGGAAAAUAUCCUUCAUAAACAGUAUAGAUCCCGAUCAUGGAAGGCCUUAAAAGAUAGCAGGAGUUUUGGAGUUUAAUCCUUGUAUCUGCUCAACUGGCUGAAGAAGGCUAACUCUCACCUCGCCUUUGUCUCCUAAGCAGUGUGCCAAAAUACUAAUCCGUUUCCCAUAAAAGGGAGAGCAAUAGGUCCUACUCUUGUGAGACCACAAGUCAUUUAUUCUAGGAACGCUGCUGUAGUCUCUUGAGUAGUCUUGUACACCUUCUCAGGUAAGCCUCAGGUAAGACACUGAUUAGACCAAAUCAUAACAAACAAGCCAUUUUAAGCAGAUUAUUCUUCUUUAUAACAUUUAACAGAGAUAACAUUUUACAUUUUUAUGUACAUAUUAGAUUAAUGCAUACCUUCACAAAUAGAUUGCAAUCUCUAUAAAAUCAGGAAUUUUGUCUUUUUUCCUUCAUCAUUGCUUCUUUGAUAUGUACUUCAUACAUUUGAUCAUUCAGCAAUUAAAUUAAUAAAUUUGAGCACUUUGUUAAAUGGAUAAAAGAAGAGAUAAACAACAGUAAAUUGUGGUGGCAUUAAGAAAACUAUAAAAUUAGGCAGUCAUUUUGAAAAAUGGAAGAAGUCUUUUGAUAGAAUUGUAAUUAAAAAUAAAUUGAAAUAUAAAUUUUAAACCUAUUUUAAGAUGAAUAAUAUCAUAUGCAAGUUAAACAAAAAAGCUAAAAGAAAAUAUUCUACUAAGAGUAUUUUUUUAAUAUAAGACAUGAAUAUUCUGUAAAAAGGUAAGGGAUCUACUCUAUUAAAAAUUAACUAAUAUCACUUUAAGUACUAAUCUUUUUAAGAAUUUAAACCAAUCUUAUCUCAAUUAAGAAACCAGGAGAAAGAUUAAGAUUUUAUAAUCUAUGUUUGGGUGUAAGUCUAAUAUGAAAUUAUAUGUUUUAGGGAAGAGUUAUAAUAAUCUCACAUUUUAAGAAACUUCUUAGCCCCCAAAUAAAACCUAAAUAGACAUGUUUUAAUAUUCCAAGAAAAAGCAGGAGUUACCCUACAUGCAGUCUUUUAAUGUUAACCUGGUCAGUGUAGAGCUCACCCAGAAAACCCCAGAACGUGCUGUCAAGAGGCAGGGAGGGCUCACCUAUGAGAAAGCCAGCGCUGGUAAAUUGGGCUUCUCAUCAUGUUCCUUCAGAAAUCUGAAAAUAAUUGCAAAUACACCAAGAUAAAGAUAUUUGGUCAUCGCUCAGGACUCUCUAACAUCACUUCCUGCACACACCACAAUCAUUCUUCUGGAAAAUAUAAAUGAUAAUAUAUAAAUAUUUUGUGCUAUUCACUAAAAGUUAGGUUUAAACUUUCUGAGGACAAGGAUCUGUAUUGACAUAAUAAAUAAAUCUCACUUUGUAUAACUUCUUGUUUAUUUCAUAUCUUUUCACAUUAUUGCUUAAAGUAAGAUAUAAACUUAGAAGUAAUAAAAACUAAACUUUAAAAAUCUCUUUAAAUCAGAUUUUUAUGAUAUAAUGUUUUCUGGGGGCAUUAUUUGAAGUUAAAGAAGUUAUAAUGACCUGUUUAACCAGAAUAUCAUUCUCUGCAGAUGAAGCUAUUUAUGUAGUUCCCUAGGUAUGUAGACACAAGUUACCUGCUGUAAUCAAAUCACUAUUGAUGGGGAUAAUAUGCUGAAUCAAUGGUGCAUCAGUAAUUGAAGUGCUAUUGAUACUUCUUGUAAAUCGUGAUAGAGAAAAUUGAGUCAUACUUUUCAUACACACAUAUGAAAAAAGAUCCUAGUUUUUUAGAACCUACACUAAAUAUAAUUUUACCAAAAUAGAUUUUAUACUCAUUAGAACUGGGUGGCACAUCCAAUCAUUCUAGACACAUGUGCUGCUAUAUUUACAUUAGUAUGAAAUGUUUUCAAAAUAGAAUAAACAAAAAACCACCACUCCAUCAUCUCCUGGUUAUUAUAAUUAUAUUACAAAACCAAGAUCUCAUUUAUAAUCUCAAUUAGCUUUAGUGGAAAAUGGAGUUAUGUCACUUGAUGAAAAUCUAUGCUAAAACAUUCUGUGAUAUUUAGUCUUAUUCUCAGUUUGCCGGCACAUAAAAUGCUGUCAUUAUCUAACAGUAUGAUGUUUCCCAUACUCUAAAGUGCCAGGAAAAAUUGUUUUAUUACAAGAGAAAAGAUAGAUCAGCUUUUAAAAAUCAUCUUUAUCUUAGUGAACCUUUCUUUCAAACACUUAGGUUGGAUAGAGGAGCUAAAACCUGAGUUCGAAGUCAUCACUGAGUCAAAAUCUAGAGCAGCUGAAAAUAGAAUCAAAGCUAAACACGUUGAAAGAAGCAAGCAGAAUAUUGUCUUGAGGAAUUGAUGCAAACAGAGAAUGCUACUUGAAGUUUACUUUUAUGAGGCAAGCAGGUGGUAGUAUUGGGGGAAGUACUUGGGGGAACGCUGCUGGUAGAAGGAAAAAAGAAAGGCUCUCGUAGGCUGUUCUUCAGGGGCCUAGAGUUUCCCAGGCUUUUCUAGUAGAAAGUCAUGGCCUGGAUUGUUUGUUAAAGAUGGAGUUCUGUUACACAAAUGUCUUUUCUCUACUUCUGUUCUCACUACAGCAAUGCUAUUGCUGCUCUGAUGUACCUGCAGGUCUUUCCGCUAUGCCCUCCAGUUUGCCAUGUACAAUGACAGGAGAAGCUUGAUGAAAACAAGACAGAUCUGCAUAGACUGCGGUAACUCUACAUACUGCUGCAGUUCUCAGAGAAAACUUAUUCUGUAAUCAAGGCACUUUCUUGCUUCUUUGGGUUAUUGAUUAAAUAAAUCCUUCGACAUUAUUCACGUUUUCUAGGAAAUUCAACCGACUGCUUCAUUUCUCAGAAUAAAGCAACUCUGUUAUCAAUGCAAUUUCUCACUUCUUUUGUAAGUCACCCUAAAUAUUUGCUUUUGUAUCUUCUUUAUGAAAGUAUAUACUGUUACUUAUAUGCGAUUCACUUUCAGAAAAAAUCAAGCAUAGAUUCAGUGUACUUCUAGGCUAGUGUUAGGGUUAUAGUUAGGGUUUCAGCUUAGGGUUGGGGUUAGGUAUUCUGUAAGUGUAUAUAUAAGAAAAGGAAGUGUGUAAUUAGAGCACUUUGUAACUUCUUUGUGUUAGUCACUGUAAUUAUUUACCUAUGGAAUUUUUUUUAUAUAAUAACUUAUUAUACCUGAUGCGGGUUUUCUAUGAAACUGUACACACUCCUUCAUUUCUCAGAGAAAGGCAACUGUGUUAUCAAUGUAAUUUCUCACAUCUUUGUGUAUUUCACUGUAAAUGUUGCAUUUCGGUCUUCUUAUGAAAGUAUUUACUGUUACUUAUGUGUGAUUCACAGUAAACUAAAGAGACUGUUUAACUUUCAGAGAUCAGCAAGCAUAUAUUCAAUGCUCUGUUAUGAUACAGUUAGCAUUAGAGUUUCGGCUUUAGGUUAGGGUUAGCGUUUUGGGCUAUGGUUAAGGUUAGAAUUUCGUGUUAGGGUUAGAGUUAGGGUUAAUGUUUCGGGCUAGUGAUACGAUUAGUGGUUUGCUUUAGGACAGGGCUAAGAUUAGCUUUAAGGUUUUUGAGCUAGGGUUCGGGAUCGGGUUAGUGUUAGUUAGGGUUGCUUAUGGGACUUCUUUAGAAAAUACAUUAGUUUUGUUGUACGAAUGUCACAUGAAACCAUGAACUGUUGCUCCAUUGUCAGGGAUAAGCUAGUUUUUAUUCAAUGCACAUUGUCACUUAUUUUAUAACUAAUUCUAUAUAAGUAUUUUUGGAAUAGCUUCAUGAUCAAACUCUUUGUAACUCUGGCUUCUCUUUUAGGAAAUUCUACACACUUCUUACGCUCUAAGAAAAAAGGAAGUGUGUCAUUAACGCACAUUCUAACUUCUUCAUGUCAGUCAUCUUUGAAGUUAAUGUAAUAACUUAAUGUACGUUAUGCUGAUUUUCUAUGAAACUGUACACAUUGCCUCAUUUCUCAGAGAAAAGCAACUGUGUUAUCAACGCAAUUUCUCACUCUUUGGGUAAGUCACUCUAAAUGUUUGCUUUUGGAAAUUCCUUUGCAGGUAUACGCUGUUACUUCUGUGUGAUUCACAGGAAGCUAGAAACACUGUUUUAGUUUCAGAGAAAAGGAAGCAUAUAUUCCAUGCACUUGACACCAGGUGAGUGUCGGCGCUAGGUUUUCAUCUUGUUAGGGUUAGGGUUAUGGUUAGUGUUAGGGGUUAGGGUUAGA